CUGUCACUCUGAAUUUAUUUUCUGUCUGUGGUUAAUGCCUGCUUUAUUAGUCAAAAAUAUGAAUGUUUUCAUUCGUGGUUAUUGCUUUACUUGGUAAUUUGUUUCAAUGAAUGAAAUAAGAGACUAUUACGAUGCUCCCUUCGACAGGCUAUUUUAAAGGAAUUAACUGCCCCUUCUACGACAGCGGUCUGUGCGAGCGGCCUUAUUGUCAUUUUCGUCAUGUUAAGAAGGAACCACAAAAUAACGAUGGAAUCGAAAGUGGAGCGAUCCUGCAGAAACUGGUAUCGGCAGCGGUACAAAAGGUUUUGCAGCAGAAGGAAACAGGUACCUCAUUACUGUCACAAAAUAGCACUGAUUCGGAAAACAACUCUAAUCAGCCCGCUUCUUCCAAAGUGACUUACAAUCCAACUCCAAUAGCCGAACUUAACAAAAUUAAUAACACCGAUGAUGAAAAUAUUGAUGACAAUAAUGAGCAAAAAAAGCGACAUAUACCAGUUCCAUAUACACCCAGAAAGCCAGCCAGUAUACCAAUCAAAAGACCUGUGGACACAAAUGGUUCGAAGCUCUUUACAUAUUUGCCACCUGCUCAGUAUAAUCCCGGUUCUGAAACAGCCCAGGUAGAUCCCUACACUCCCAAAGGUACAAACGAAUCAGGUGAAAAAUAUUUACCUGGAUCGGAGAAGACAAUACCUGAGUAUAAGCCCAAGGAAUCCCAAAACUCUAAUCUUAACUACAUUCCCUCCGACAAGUCUGUGAGCAAAAAAAAAAUUCUAGAAUACAAACCAGCUAAAAAUAAAAGUAUACCUUCGUCAGUAACUUAUCAGCCAACUCCUAGAUCAUUGGUUCCUUGCUUUUCCAGUGAUGAAGAAGAACCUGAGGUAAAGAAAAGGAAGCUUUCAAGUGAUCUUAAUGGGCUUGAUGAUCUAGGACCAGAAUUUGAUAUUUUAGACCAAAUAUUAGAUGAAGAAAAAACAGAAAAGGAAGUAAAACUUAUUUUUCAAAAAGAUGUUUGCAAAGAAUCUAAGGAAAAACUUAAAAAUCCAGAAUCUACUAGUAAAACAAAGGAAUCCAUUAAAUCUGAAAAAGAUAAAUCUUCAAAGAAAGAGGACAAAAAAUCUAGAGGUAGGUCUAUGGAAAAAAAAGAAAAAUCGAUUGACAAAGAUAAACAAGAUGGAAAAUCGUCUGAUCGAAAGAGCGGUCACAAAAGUUCUAGCAAAGAUAAAAACAAACAUGAAAAGACAAACAAGUCAGGUAAAAAAUCACACUCUAGUUCAAAACAUUCUAAAAGUAGUUCAUCUAAACAUACAAAAAAGGCAAGUGAUAGUGAUAAAAGAAAUGAUAAUAAAUCUCAUAAGACUUAUAGGUCAAAAGAAUCAAAAGAUAAAAGAGAUAAACAUAAAGAAAAACAUGUAAAAAGUGCUCCCAAAAUCUUUGAAGAAGACAAUCAUAAUUAUGAGGAUAAUUUUGAAGAGGAGUUAAAUGAAUUAUCUGAGUCAGAUGAGGAAACUAUUGCACUUCAAUGUAAAAGAAUAUUUGAAGAGUAUGUUCCAACUGAAAAACCACAAAAUAGUGAAGAGUGUACAGACAAAUUAGAGACUGAGCCUGAGGAAUAUAUACCUACAAAAAAGAGAAUAUCUAGGACAGUUGAUAAAAAUAUAAAAAUAUUGCCUAAAGCACCUAUAAAACCAGAUUAUAAAGUCAAUGCUGCACAAGCUAUGGCUGAGCGAUUAGCCAAAGUUAGAGAAUUCCAUGCUUCAAAAAGUGUUCCAGAAAGUAAUAAUUCCUCAAAUGUAGUUUUGAAGCUAGAUACAGCGAAGUCUAUUUUCAAUACUCCACCUAGUACCAGUGUUUCUAAAAUCCGCAUUGCUCAUGUACCUUAUGCAUCAACCAUGCUGACUGCAAAGAAAGUCAUCACUCCUAGUACAAUCUCUGUCAAGAAUAGUGAUCUGCCAUCUAGUAGUACUAUAACCCAAACUGUAAAGAAAGGAACUCAGAGGGUUGCUCACAUACCAUGUGACAAAUUUAUCGAUCGUCCAGGUGUCUUAGAACCAUUAGGGUCCAAAAUACAAGCAAAUAUAAGAUCUACGUAUUUGAAUAUGAUGAUUGAUCAUUGUUUAAAAAUUUACCUAUUACCAACUGAUGCCUAUGCAAGAGCGCAACAUGAGGAGUUAGCAACUAGCAAAAAAUGUUCCACAGUGCCAAUAUAUAAGAAUUCUGCUGUUCUCGCAAUCAGCAGACUCAAGAAAGAGGUUCUUGAGUGUAAUGGAGUGAAGAAAUCUGGAAGUGACUGUGCAACACUCACAAAAGCACCACAAGGGACAGUAAGUAAAUCAAAUACUGUUGGCUCAUGGAGCAUAGAGAAUAAGAUUAGAAGAAAUUUUGAAGACCCACAACAAUUUACAGGUGCAAAGUUUUAUAAUAAUAUAAAAAAAUGGAUCCUAUCAGAGGAGCAACUCAUAGAGAAUGGUUUCCCCCGACCCCAUAGUAGUGGUGUCAAAGGGAGAGCAAUUAUUUAUGGACAAAACAAACAAAUUCCUCCAAAAGGAUAUUUAAGAACUUGUCGUAGAUGUAAAAAGACAUAUACUGUGGACAAAAAAGGAUUUCCAACUUUUAAAGAGGAGUGUAUUUAUCAUCCCAAUAAUAAAUACCGGGUUAGAGGUGAAGUUCGUUACCAGUGCUGCAGUCAAGAAGGCUCAUCAGAUGGGUGUUGCAUAGCUUCAAGUCAUGUGUAUGAAUAUGUAGACUUUGAAAACUUGAAAGGAUAUGUGAAAACACUACCUCCAGAAAGUGUCAUGGAAGACUAUGGUGUAUAUUCUUUAGAUUGUGAAAUGUGUUAUACAACACAAGGUUUAGAUUUAACUAGGGUCACUGUAAUUAAUUCAGUGUGCAAGGUGGUUUAUGAGACCCUCAUAAAACCUUUGAAUCCUAUUAUUGAUUACAAUACAAGAUAUUCAGGUAUUACUGAAGAACAAAUGUCAGAUGUUAAAACAACAUUACUAGAUGUGCAAGCAACUCUGCUUACUAUGUUUAAUAGUAAUACUAUAUUAAUAGGUCAUAGUUUAGAAUCGGAUUUUAAGGCACUGAAACUCAUUCACGAUACGGUCAUUGACACUAGCGUAUUAUACCCUCAUAAAAUGGGACCACCCUACAAGAGAGCAUUGAGAAAUCUAUCAUCAGAAUAUUUGAAAAAAAUUAUACAAAAUUCUGUUGAUGGGCAUGACAGUGCUGAAGAUGCCACUGUCUGUAUGGAACUCCUAAUUUAUAAAGUAAAAGAGGACCUUAAGACUAGGUGAUUAUUGCUCCAUUACUUCAACAAGUUAUUCAUAAUACACUUUACAAAUUAAUCUACAUUAUUUUCAUAUUAAAUAAGGUAAAGAGUUUUUGUAUUAUGUUAAUCUUAUGAACUAGCAGUCGGAUUUGAAAAUUUCUGUUUAUUUGGGGAAGGAUAAAUGCUAUAUAAUUAUAACAUCAAGCUGUUUACCCAUAGUUAAUGUAGGUAAAACAGUGGGGCACAGGUAAUGCAAUAAAAUGUAGACUGUUAUUAAUAUCACAUAUACAUCUAUAUAAUAAUAAAAAUAGGUUUACUUGUCAAGAAAUUCUCUAUCUAUUCAUGGCUUUUACUAUGUAUUCGAUUGUAAAUGAUAGUUUAUAGUAUAUUAAUUAAUGCUAUUAAGACUAACUUAUUUUAUAGCAAUAAAAUACUUAUGAAUGUGAAGUUUGUGUAAUAAAAAUUACAAAUUGUCAAAAUUAGAGCCAAUAGCUGUAAUUUUUGUAGUCUAUCAAACAAAUGUUAUUUGAUAUGCAUUAUAUUUUCCUUUAUCAUAAGCUGGAAGGGAUUUAGUAAACUAUAACUAUUUAGUAGCUAAGUAAAAUAUUUUAUAUUUCUUUAGUACCUUUUGAUUGAUAUUUUUAAUUUCAUACAAUACUUAACAUACAUGCAGAUUGAUUAGAAAUUUGGUAUUUAUGCGAGACUCACAUUUUGUGUUGUCUGUUUUUAUAAAUUCUUUAUAGUAUCCGAGCCACUAUACGGCCUCAUAACGAGUUCGCCCACGGAAGUCUCGUUUUCUUACCUAACCUAAUUAUUUACGAUGUGCAGAUGAUUUUUGUAUUUUUUUUAUUUUACCUAUCCAUUGCCAAAGGCCUGUAAAUAUCAAGGAUAUAUCUCAUACUGUAUGACAUCCUAAAACGUGAGGGUUUGUAUGUUUAUUUCAAAUAGGUUUAUGGCCAAAGGCAGCCAGUGGUUCCUGCGUAACGUAGGUCUCCAUAGAUACCUCGCUCGCCCUAUCCAUAAGGUUUCAUUUAAAAAAAAGCGCUUGUUGUUAAGCUCGCCCUUUGCACUCCCGAUCCCAACGCCACUCCUAUCAGAAAACAUCCUAACAUAUCCUUUAUCACGAAUAACGACCCACAAUACAAAACAGUAGCCCAAUUAGGAUAACCAAAUUCCAAAGCCCAAAUUCUGACGUCAUUCGGAUUUGUUGUGGGUCAUAUCCAUUGGUCACGGGUCACGUCAUCGUAACAGCAUCAAGGCCUAAGGGUUGACGUCUUCCCUUCCGCCUGGAGCUCGACUCCUGACGGGCUUCGCGCUUUACAAUCCUUAUUAUCAGCUACUGUCUAUCCGCAACAACCCUACUAGAAGCCACGAUUUAAAAAAAAUGUCCGUUUCGAAGGAUGCAAUAAUGUAUACUCUGAAGUAACACAUUAACAUAAUAACCAUGAUAAUUCAAAAGUUCCCACAGGAAUAAUCAUAACCUAAUUCCAUCCGAAGUAGCUGACAAUACAGAAAAUAACACAACCGAUUUUCUUGGCGGCCACUUCCAAAUGACGACAGAAUAAAUAAUUUGUAUUUUCAUUAACAAUUAAUGGAUUAACUUCCAAUAAAAAAAUAAUUAUUUACC